AGAAAGAAAGUAGGAAGUGCUACAGCGCGAGCCCUCGCAGCAUAAAGGCUUGUUCUGCCUUGUUGCAUGUUUGCUGUAAUAAUAUUUCCCCUUUAAGGCUUGGCUGAAGUUAUUUUUAUUUUUUUCUCUUUUGGCGGGGUGGUGACAGGAACUGAGAGAGGCAGCAGCAGAUCUUACCUGAUCUCAGCAUCUGCGAGAGGUGGUGGCGGCGGAGGCAAGAGAGAAAGAGGCAAGUUGCUGCAGAGAAAGUGUGAGAGAAACGGGAAGGACUUGAAACUUAGGGAGGAAAAGGAGGUGGAGAAACACACUGAAGAUUGUGAGUGAAGGAUAUCGGAAGAAAGGGAAAUAAGAGGAAAUCAGUGAGGGUUGAGGAGGAGGAGGAAGUAGAAAUGGGAAGAGAAGGGUGAAGUGAGAGAGAGAGAGAGAGAGAGAGAGAGAGAGAGAGAGAGUAAAAUAAGACCAGAGAAUGACAAGGAAGUGACAGGAAUAAGCCUGCUGACAGAAGGAGGAGGAGGAGGAGGAGGAGAGAAUCAUCGAUGGCAACAAGUGCGAGUGGCUUGUGCUGAAGAGGAGGAGGGAAAGAAUACCCAGCUGGUUUUUGGUCGUUGUGGUGGAACUGCGUUAUCUUUCCCUCAAGAUGAUGAAGAGACAGUUCAAUCGGAUGCGGCAGCAGCUCAGUCACCCCAGCAUUGGCGGAAGAGCCCAAGAAACAGCAGAAUACUUGACAGAAGACUUGCUACAGAUUGAACAGAGGAUUGAACCAGCCAAGCGUGCUGCUCACAAUGUCCAGAAGAGGCUCCUGGCUUGUCUCCAAGGCCAAUAUGGGGCAGAUAUGGACAAACGGGUGAAAAAAUUGCCUUUGAUGGCGCUAUCAAUGACCAUGGCAGAAAGCUUCAAGGAGCUAGACACUGAUUCCAACCUUGGGAAAGCCCUAGAAAUGAGUUGCUUCAUUCAGACUAUGCUAGCCAGGAUCCUUGCUGAGUUUGAAAUGGCCCUCGAGCGAGACGUUCUACAACCCCUCAAUAAACUGAGCGAGGAAGAGCUGCCCACCAUCCUGAAGCACAAAAAGAACCUUCAGAAACAUAUUUCAGACUGGAAUGCCAUCAAGAGCCGUCUGAACCAAGCUGCCAAGAACUCCAGCAAUAAUACCAGUGGUGCCACUGGCCCAGGCCCAUCAUCUGCUGCCAUCAAACUAGAAAAUCUGAAGGAAGAGGAAGAAGAGAUGAAGAGGAGGGUUGAACAGAGUAAGGAUGAGUACAUGGCAGACCUGUAUCACUUUUCAACCAAGGAAGACAGCUAUGCUAAGUACUUUAUCAAAUUGAUGGAAAUUCAAGCAGAGUAUCACCGGAAGUCCCUGGAAUCUCUGGAUACUACUUUGGCAGAGGUGAAAGAGACUCACAACCAGCCAGACUCCCCAUUCCCAAGAGAUGCAGCUGUGGUAGGGGUGUAUGGGAUGCCGCUAGAGACUCACCUGAAGGCUUCUGGCCGGGAGAUUGCCGUCCCCAUUGAAGCUUGUGUCAUGAUGUUGCUGGCAUCGGGGAUGAAGGAAGAGGGGCUCUUCCGGUUGGCAGCUGGAGCAUCUGUGCUGAAGAAGUUAAAGUACAGCCUUGCCUGUGGCUCAGGUGCCCUGGGUGAAUUCUAUGCAGAUCCUCAUGCUGUGGCAGGUGCACUGAAAUGUUACCUGCGAGAGCUGCCCCAGCCCUUGAUGACCUUUGAACUCUAUGAUGAUUGGCUUAAAACUGCAAGUAUCAAAGAGCCAGAGAAUCGACUGGAGCAUCUUCGGGACACUUGCAGCCGUCUCCCCAAGGACAACUAUAACAACAUGAGGUAUCUGAUUCGUUUUUUAGCCAAGCUGGCUGAACAGCAGGAAGUGAAUAAGAUGACCCCCAGCAACAUUGCCAUUGUCCUAGGGCCCAACCUGUUGUGGCCCCAGCAGACUGAAGGGUGCCAGGUGCAACUAGAUAUGGCUUCUGUAUCCUCCAUCCAAGUUGUGGGAGUUGUGGAACCCCUGAUACAAAAUGCUGACAUCCUCUUCCCAGGAGAUAUUGACUUUGAUGUAUCUGGCCUGUUCACUCCCCCAUCAGACAUUAAAGAUAGAGAUGUCUCUGCAGCAGAAGAACCUGCAUCUUCGCUUCUCUCUGCUGAACCAGCUUCACCACGACCCGGAGAAAGUCCGCCUCGUCCCUCGAACCUGCCAGUCACGGGUCUUCCUGCAACGCGGUUGGCCGCUGAGCCGGGGUCCUCUUCUGUUUCGCCCGACGCGCCUUGUCGCCGAGCCCCUCGAUUGGUGCUCCUGCGCCGCCGCCUCCCCUCCGUCCGUCAUGGCGGCGCCGCGCUCCUGAUUGGCCCGGGCGGGAGCGGAGGAGGAGGAGGAAGAGGCGGUGCGGGGGUGGCGGCGGCGGUGAGAGCGGCCGGUCGCAGCAUGGCGGACUGCAAGCGGCUGAGCGGCUCGUGCCUGCGCGAGGUGCUGGGCGAGGCGCAGGGCAUCCUCUUCGACUGCGACGGUGUCCUGUGGACGGGCGAGCGGGCGGUGCCCGGCGCCCCGGAGCUGCUGGAGCGCCUCAGCCGCAACGGCAAGGCCGCCCUCUUCGUCUCCAACAACAGCCGCCGCUCGGUGCCCGAGCUGGAGCGCCGCUUCUCCCGCCUGGGCUUCCGCGGCGUCCGCGCCGAGCAGGUCUUCAGCUCCGCGCUCUGCUCCGCGCUCUACCUCCGGCAGCGCCUGCUGGGCGGCGAGAGCGGCUCCGGAGACUCACCCCCGGCCGGCUGCGUCUUCGUGCUGGGCGGGGAAGGGUUGCGCGGGGAGCUGCGGGACGCCGGGCUGCGCCUGGCCGGCGAAGGAGGCGGCGGGGACGACGACGAGGAGGACCCGGCCGGCCACGAGAGGCUCCCGGUGCGCGCCGUCGUCGUCGGCUACGACGACCAGUUCACGUUCGCCAAGCUGACCGAGGCCUGCGCCUACCUGCGAGACCCGCAGUGCCUGCUGGUGGCCACCGACCCGGACCCUUGGCACCCGCUGAGCAGCGGGCAGCGCACCCCGGGAACAGGGAGUCUCACUGCUGCAGUUGAAACAGCAUCUGGGCGCAAGGCAAUGGUAAUUGGGAAGCCCAACACGUAUAUGUUUGAGUGCAUUGUGGAGCGCUUUGGUGUGGAUCCGUCCCGCAUGCUCAUGGUGGGUGACCGGCUGGAGACAGAUAUCCUGUUUGGCAAGAACUGUGGCCUUGAAACGGUCUUGACCCUGACGGGAGUCUCAAACCUAGAGGAGGCACAGGCAUACAUGGCCAGCGACAGCCCUGCUGCAAAGGACCUGGUGCCUCAUUAUUAUGUGGACAGUAUUGCAGACUUAAUACCCGGCCUGGAUGAGUAAGGGGAGAUGUGGGUGGGCAGAGUUCCUAGUCCCAUUCCUGAUUGCCGCCCUUUCCUACUUCUGCUCCCUCUCUCCUUGAUUCUGGGCUCAUCACAUUCCAGUGUUUCUUCAAGAAUGAAGAGAGGGGUGUUAGUUCAUUAUUUGAGGUCCUUUUGUUUUACUCUAGCCAGCUAUAAGGGAACAGAGAAUCUUAUGUGAAAGUGGGUUAUUUAUAGGCCGAACCAUUAUUUAUUUAUUUAUUUCCCCCUCCUCUUGGCAUGAAGUAGUUAUUUAUUUAAAUUAUCUUGGUUUUACUGUUGCCACUAGUGGCCUUCUUACUGUUGUCCUCGGCUUUUUUUUUCCUUUGAAGCACAGCAAUGUGCUUGCUGUGAUGUUUGCUGUUCCCAAGCUUGAAUGAAGCAACGUUUGUACCGGUACUAUUUAUCUCUCUUCUAUAGCCACUGUCAUUCCAUGCCAGUGUUGGGGUAGCGGGGUUUAUCCCAGAACUCUUGCUGUGAAAUGGGGAGCAUUCAAAAUCCAGUUCAGAAGUAACACAGUUCUUCUACAGAACGGCUCUUCGGGGAAAAUAAUUCCUGUGGGUGUAUAUACAAGCUUAUCAUAACACUACAACUUGCUCUGAAGUGAUAAGGGCUGAGGGUAGGUUUCUGAUGCACAUUACAUAUUUGAUGCAUUCAAACUUUGUCUGGCAUUUUCAUCCACAGGAAUUACUCCCAAAGUGCUGUGUUGUGCAGGUGGGGAGAAAUUGCCAAAUAGCUCAAUCAGGAAGCAUAUAAGUGUGGUAAAUCUGGAAUAUGUAAAACUCUUUUAACUGUGAAUUAAAUAUGAAAGUGGUUUUUUUCUGUCUUGAGAGUUUUCUCAGGUGACAGAAUUUUUAUCACUCCAGUUUAAUUUUGGGAUUGCUGCUGUAAGGAAUGAAAUGCAUAGAACAAUUUUUUGUGCCCAUGAAGUUCUGAAUUGGCUGUCACUUCGUCUUGGUAAUCCUUCAGUAAUAACAGCCUCCAGAUAUUCCUGCCUGUAUUGAGGUAGGAACACAAUGUGUUUUCCUCCACCCCCUUCUCUCUGACUGGGUGGACCAAUGAAACAUGUCAGUAAAUUAAUUGACUCCUGUCUGUGCCUGAUAGGAUUCACCACUUUCCUAGGUGGGGGGGUGAACCUUGAUCCGCCCUCUGACCUGCUGUGGUGUUCUUUGAUUUGUGGGAUAACGUUGGCAUUUCCAGUGCUGUCAAUGUGCCACAGCAUCCCAAAAUAAGUCCUUGCUUGUCUUUUUAUGGUUUAUUAUGUAUUUAUUAAAGUGUUUGUAUAAAUUAUGCUGAUGAGUUGUGCCAAAGUGGGUAUGUAGCCUCUGGGCCCACUCACUUACCUGUACCUCCAUGUUGUUGUGGUUCUCUGACAUUCGCUGUCAUUCUGCACAUAAUAAAAUGCAGGCACAAGAUGGAA